AGUCUCAAUCGAUGUGCGGAUCGCAGUUUGCCAAAAGAGGUCAGCAGAUCCGCUGAAGAUGGUACAGACCUAAAACUUCCCCCGGUUGCACCAAAGAAUGUUCUCGCACGACUGGGGAAACAGUAUCUCUGGGCGGGAUGCCUAUCAAUAUACAACAUUCUGGAUCACCAACGCUCAGCCAAACGACACGCCAUGCACUCCACUAUCCGAGCAAGCAGCACCGGUACACCAGAAGCGAAAGUAUGUUGCAGAGGGGCAUGCAACAAAGCGAAGGUUGAGGUCUGGCGCGAGAAACGCAUUGCUGACGGAACAGGCAGUGCCAAUGCGCUCAGACGCUGCCGGCUUAGCGAAGCCGCUCCCUGAUCCAGCCACUAAGCCAGUUCUCGCCGGUCAAGCUGUUGGUGCUGCUGCAUGAAGCGGCCUGCCAUGGAUGACUAGCGAAAUCGUCACUCUCAACGGCAAUGCUGCCUACUUACCCGACCGAGGAGCGGCACGUGUCCCACAGUUGGGUUCUACACGCCCGCAGUAGCAACAGGAAAAAACCAAGGCAAAAGAAGCCUCUGUUUCCCCAAGCUGUAUCAGUGGCGAAAAUAGCCCAACGGCAACCGCCAUUGCUGGCGGCGGGAGGGAGGUUGAGUGGAGAAAUAUGUGUGCUGCUCAGCACGAAGAGAAGGAAAGCAGAAUUUUCAAGCAAGAAAUAGCCG